AUGUCUGUCGGUCAGCGCAGGUCAUUCGAUGGCCAUCGCUGCACCAUCCGCUACGUCGGCACCGUUGAAGGCACCACCGGCGACUGGCUAGGCGUCGAAUGGGACGAUCCCACCCGGGGCAAGCAUGCAGGCGAGCAUAAAGGCACCCUAUCCCUCCCAGGCAAGAGCCACCACUCCACAGCCGGGUCCUUUGUGCGCCCAUCCAGGCCAUCAGACCCGCCGCGGGGCUUCGUUGAGGCUCUGCGAGACAAGUAUGCGUCCGAGUUCGAGCAGGAACUUGCUCGUCACGCAUCAGCAGAGGGUGAGGGUGAUGCAGGGCAGAAGAAUGCCAUUGAGAUUAGCGGCAAGGUCGUGGAAGAGGUCGGCUUCGACAAGAUCAGGAAACAGCUCGCUGAGCUGGCGGAGCUGCGCAUCGUCUUGCUGGAUGGCAUGUGCGUGGUCGGGGUGCUUCCCUCCUACGAGCCUGAUCAGUCACUGGUGGAGCAGGCUUGUCGAGAGAUCAUGCAGACGUGUCCGAAAAUCAUCGAGUUGGAUCUUAGUCGGAGUUUGCUGAGUCGGUGGCGCGACGUGUGGCAGAUUUGCGAUUCAUUGAACCAGUUGAAGCGGUUGAGGUUGAGUGGAAAUCGAUUUCAACCGCUGGAAGAAGGCUUCAUCUUUGAGGGAAUCACUGAGCUGCAUCUGGAGGACACGCUCCUGACGUGGGACGAGAUUGCGGCGUUGACAUCUCGAUUCCCUGUUCUCACGUCACUUACGGUAUCAGCCAACGAGCUGGUCGAAAUAACUCGACCUCUUCCCUCCAGCACCAUCACCACCCUGACACUAGAACACAACGACUUCACCUCGCUGUCCACCCUACACCAUCUAACCUCUCUCCCCAAUCUCCAACACCUCUCCCUCCGGGGAAACAACAUCGGCACUAUCCAGGAGGCACCUCUACCUCCAUCCUUCCACUUCCCACCAACCCUCCGCUCCCUCGACCUCUCCCGCAACAACAUCCCAACCUGGACAUUCAUCAACAUCCUCCCAACCAUCUUCCCGGGCCUAACAACCCUCCGCCUCUCAGGCAACCCACUCUACGAGCAACCACCCCUCCCACCCUCACUAGCCGAAUCUUCUGCAAAACCAAUGACCGUCGACGAGGCAUUCAUGCUAACACUGUCCCGCCUCCCGCCAUCCCUGACCACCCUCAACUACAGUCCCAUCAAACCCAACGACCGCGCAAACGCGGAGAUGUACUACCUCUCGCUCAUCGCCAAGGAACUCUCCGCUACCCCCGCAGACGAGGAACAGGCUGUUCUCGCAGCGCAUCCUCGCUACUCUGUUCUCUGUGAUCAGUAUGGCGAACCGCGUGUCCUGCGCGCGACGGUUUCUGAUUCUUCCAGUGGAAGGAUUGUUCAUCCGCGGUCUGUUGCUGCUAGACUUGUUAAGAUGGCUUUUUAUCUGCCCUCAUCUUCUUCUACUGCUGCUCCUACUGCUACUGCUGUGUCUUCGACAGAGAAGACAGGUGAUGAUAACGUAUCCAAGAAUGCCCCCUCGGUCCUCCCAGAUAUCCGCAUCAAGGAGAUCCCCUCCUCGUUCGAUACGUACCAGAUCAAAGCGCUCGUCUCCCGACUCUUCGGACUACGGCCGUAUAGCUUUCGACUGGUCUGGGAGACGGAUGAAUGGGAUCCUGUGGAUGGGGAUGGGGAUGGUGAGGACGGCGACGCUGGGGACUGGGACGAGAGUAGCGAGGAUGGAGGCGAGGCUGAGGAGACGCCUCAGGGCACAGGCCGGUUCGUUAGACGGGAGGUUGAACUCGUGGACUCAACGCGGGAUAUCGGAUUCUUGGUCCAGGGGGUCUUAUUUUGUUUUAUGCUGUCCCGCAUAGUUAAUCUACGCGAGACGCAAGAGACACCUCUGGGAUCAAAACCAGAUGGUGGGUACAUCCGGGCGCCCAACACCCACCCGGUAUAUUGA